CCCGCAUCCGAGAUCGGGCAGGCAAGCUAUGAAGGAAACGGCGGUGCCGCCCCCCAAGACUCCGGCAGUUACAGCGGCCGGAUGUCCGCCGGAAAGCCGCCCAAUGCGCCGCCGGACGCGAUCCUCCUCAAGCUCUGCCUCUUCCUUCUCCUCCACCUCCCCCUCCCCAUCUCCUUCUCCCGCUCACCGAAUCUUUUCCCCCCUCCGCCCCUCCUCCACCAUCCCCUUCUCCUGGGAGCACCUUCCCGGCGUCCCCAAAAGCCCCAGAUCUCUCCCCCCCACUUCCCACUCAGCCGCCGAACCCCACCGCCGCCUCCUCCCCCUCCCUCCCCCACUUCGAUCCAAAUCCGUCCCCUCCAUGCGCCGCAAGAAGCGACCCGACGACCCCUUCGCCGCCGCCCUCGCCGAGUGCGCCAAGGACGAUCCCUCCGAGACAGAGCUGGACGACCUCUGCGGGGAGCCCGCAGCCAGCGCCCGGCGGCGUAGGUCAGCAGCGCCGGCGAUCACGGACCGGUUCGGGCUCUUAGAUCUGUACGGCUCCUGCAAGACCACGUGCUCCGUCGCCAACGCCACCAUCUGCGUCCCCCGGUCCAUCACACACCGCGCCGCCGCGUACGGCCUCCUCAACCGCCGGUCCACUUCCUAACCCCACUCCGGUCCGCUCUGAUCCAAGAUAGGUACAUAAAUAAAAUAAAUGGAAAUCUAAUAAUCAAACAAAUCUCCCGUUCAUUAUUUGUUUCUCCAUGCUUAAUGUUGCUUUUUUUGCCUUAAUUUUCUCUCUUUUCUGUAACCGUGUACACUACGUUGUCUCUUGAAAUAUGGCAAAUCCUUGCACUGCGUAAGAUA